AUCCGGCAGUGGGCUACUAGACUAGGCGGAUCCUACAUAGCGCGUGCUUACGACUGUCUUACUGAACUGCAGAAGAGCCACUGCUGUUGAAAACCAGUUUCUGACCGCCCUUUCGCAAUAGGCCGAAAUGAAGAGCGCCGAGAAGGUUGUGGCUUACUUCUACGAUGAAGAGAUAGGAAAUUACUGCUAUGGCGGGGGCAACCCUAUGCGCCCGCACAGAGCGCGAAUGUGCUACUCGCUGGUUGACAGUUACGGGCUCACAAAGAAGAUGAUGGUGCAGCGGCCACGUCCUCGGGAGUUUGAGGAGCUUACGGAUUUCCACGCGGACGAUUACAUCAAUUUUCUGCGCGGCGUGACGCCCAACACGGUCGAUGAGAACAUGAUGCAGCUACGUCGCUUCAACAUGGGCAUUGCGGGAGAGGCUGACUGCCCGGUCUUCGACGGCAUGUAUGAGUAUUGCCAGACGUACUCGGGUGGCUCAGUGGACGGCGCGGCGCAACUGGCCAGCGGCAACGCGGAGAUAGCCUUCAACUGGUCGGGCGGCAUGCACCACGCCAAGAAGGCGGAGGCCAGCGGCUUCUGCUACGUGAACGACAUCGUUAUGGCCAUUCUGGAGCUGCUCAAGACGCACGCUCGUGUGCUGUAUGUGGACAUUGACAUCCACCACGGCGACGGCGUGGAGGAGGCGUUCUACCUGACGGACCGCGUCAUGACGGUGUCGUUCCACAAGUACGGCGAGUUCUUUCCGGGCACCGGCGCGCUGGACGACAUCGGGUACGGCAAGGGCAAGUACUACACGGUGAACGUGCCGCUUAAGGACGGAAUGGACGACGACAGCUACAAGCUGCUGUACGAGCCCAUCAUGCAGAAGGUGAUGGAGAUGUACCAGCCCGGCGCCAUCGUGAUGUGCUGCGGCGCCGACUCGCUCAGCGGCGACCGCCUGGGCUGCUUCAACCUGUCGCUGGAGGGACACAGCAACUGCCUGGAGUUCCUGGCCAGGUUCAACGUGCCCAUGCUUAUCCUGGGCGGCGGCGGCUACACGCUGCGCAAUGUGGCGCGGUGCUGGUGCUACGAGACCGGCCGCAUGAUGGGCAUUGACCUGCCGGACGUGCUGCCGGAGAAGGCUCUGGAUGAGUACAACAUGUACUUGGACACUCAGCGGUUGCGCAUCGCUGUGUCCAACAUGAAGAACGCAAACGAGCGCCCCGAGCUGGAGCAGAUCAAGACUGCGGUGCUGGCCUACCUGUCCCAGCUGCCGCCAGUGCCCAGCGCCCAGAUGGCCUACGUGCCGCCGGCCGCCGGGCGCGACAAGCCCACGGACGGGCUGCCGGAGGAGGACCCCGACGUGCGCGGCGGCGGCCAGGCACACGACGAGGUCCGCAGGGUGCGGGACGGCGACGAGAGCGACGGCGAGGAGGGCACUGGCCGGGGCGGCUUUGGCGAGCACACCAACCCCACGGCGGCGGCGGGCGCGGCGGUGGCGGGCGGGCGGGUGUUCAUGCGGUUCACGCCCGACGGCCAGCCCGAGGCGCGGCCGGUGGACGGGCAAGCGGCCGCGGGCGGAGACGCGAUGGUGGUUGACGGCGUGGGAGCAGCGCGGCCGGCGGCAGUGCCGGCACCAGCGGUUACGGGGCCGGGGCCGGCUGCGGCUGUGCCUGUGGCUGUGCCUGACGUGGCGCAACCGGUGGUUGACGGCGGCGCAGUCCCGGCGGCGGCGGUGGCGGCGGCAAUGGCGGCGGCGGUGGCGGCGGGCGCCGCGCCCGACCUCAUGACGGUCCGGCAGACGCCUGAGCUGGCGCAGGCGGCGGCGGGCCUGCCUGCGGGCCUGCAGCCUGUGAGCGAGCCGCCGCAGUAGUGGAGGGGCAGCAGUGGAUGCAGGCUAGUGUCGAGGCGGCAGCGGGAGGCUUGCAGCAGCAGUGGAGGUCGACGGGAGCGGAAGCGGAGGCGUGACGCAGGCGACUGGCGUGGACACUCAUCCACGUGGCGAUGGGGGCCGAGAUACCCGUUGCGUGUGAGGGGUUGGUUCGCCAGCAGGUUUGCUGUUGUGUUGACGCAUGCGGGUGGGUGCAGUGCCGGUGGCCCCGCUGGUCGCCUGGCGGCGGCUGGUCACUGCAGUCACCGGCUUGACUCUGGACAUGACUGGUACAUGUAGUCAGACACAUUAUUUUACACGCAAUCUUGCGCAGCCCCACGAAUUGAGGGGCGUGGUUUCUGAACGUGGCGACAUUGAACAUGGCUUUCAUUCUGGGUUUGCGGGGUGUUUGGAGUGCCGGCAAUCAACAAUCCGCACGUGGCAUUGUCGCUUUUUCACAGACACAUGUUUUGCAUUCGAAAUACGAGGCGAUAGGAUGCCAACAUGGUGGGUCGCUGGGCGUGAGCUCUUAAGCCGCGGCAUGACGUUGCGGGCACGCCUGUGUGGGACCCGCGGAGUUCGGGGGACUGCACUGGCACUGUGUUGGUGGCGCCCGGCCAAGCUGCUCUGAAGCCUGCGAUGUAAAGGUUAGGACAGUUGGAAGGUUUCUAUACCACAUCACCAUAUGGUAGUAUAAUGUGUAAGUCCAA